AUGGCUGUGACCAGAAUCGAGCAUCUCGUCAACAAGGACCACGAACAGCCGCUGGCGACUGCGCCUGCUGCACCAGCACGGCCGGAGGCGGAUGGCAGACUGGCCACGGUGGGCAAGAAGAGGACCAGGACGGGCUGUUUGAAUUGUCGUCGUAAGCGGAGGAAAUGUGACGAGGCCAAACCGACAUGCGAGGGCUGCCAGGCUCGCAAGGAAGUGUGUGAGUGGGGAGUGAAGGUCUCAUUCAGGCCCGAGAAUGCUCAGACCAUGGGACGUGAGCAUCCCUCGAUGCGUCAAGCGGCGACGAAUGGCAAGAGCCAGAGCUUUCAAAUCAUCAAUGUGACCAAGGAAGUCAUCAGAGACUACUUCGAAGAAACCGGCAGCGAUGAGGUCGAAGACAUACAACUACCAGAUGUCCAGCCGCAACAUGUAUCUCCAAUACGCCAAACUGCCGCCCCCAUCAUCUCGCCCACUUUCGAGGCCGUGACGACCAUGCCAGAACAUCAUCUCAGCCACCAACCCUCUCCAAUCCUGGUUUCUCCCGACAUGACCACUGGAACACCGUACAUGUCCAACAUCGACCUCUUCCUCUCGCCCCAAUACAGCGACUCACCAUUCGAAGAUGGCAUCUUCCUCCCAGGAUCCCAAUACCAAGAACUCCACGCCGCAUUACGAAGUCGGAUCAUCGACACCGCCCGCUCGACAGUCCCCUCCCGUGUAGGCUCCCCAGAACCACUCCACCCUCCACCAGACCUCCACUCACCCAUCUCCAUCCAAGCCGACGACGACGAAUCCCGACGCCUCGCCCACCUCACCGCCGAAGAAGAAUACACCCUCUGGCAGAACUACAUCUCCGAGGUCGCUCCCUGGCUCGACAAAUUCGACAUCGCGCGCCACUUCGAGCUCGUCCUUCCCAUGCUGGCCAAAUCGCACCCGCACCUCCGCUACUCCAUCCUCGCCCUCUCCUCGCGCCAAAUGGAACUCAAAGCCAAGAAGCCCGACAACUCCUGCAGUCUCGCCCUCUACCAGCACGCGAUCCACCUCCUCUCCCCGCUCCUCCACCAACGCACCUCCGUCGUCCUCGCCUCCUGCAUCGUCCUCUGCGUCCUGGAGAUGAUGUCCUGCUCCCCCAAAGCCUGGCGCCGCCACCUCGACGGCUGCGCAGCGCUCAUCCAAGCCCUAGGAAUCAACGGCGGCUGCGGCGCCCUCGACCAAGCGCUCUUCUGGUGCUUCGCGCGCAUGGACGUCUGCGGCGGCCUCAUCUCCUCCGAACACACCCUCAUCCCCAUGAACAAAUGGAUGAGCGGCGGAGACCUCCCCUCGGACCUGCACAUCUUCCAGCACAACGCCGCCUUCGCCUUCGACAUGUACGCCAACCGCGUCGUCUACCUCUGCGGCCAAGUCCUCGACCUCCUCUGCUCCUCAGGGAAAUGGGAACAACGCCACCAAUCCUCCCCCUCCCACCACCACAACCAACAACCCCUCCUCACCAAAACCCAAUACAUCCCCCACUGGACGCACCUCUUCUCCACCCUCGAACAAUGGUACCACGACCGUCCGGAGGAAAUGCUCCCCCUACUCACCAUCCCCUCCACCAACCCCUUCCCCACCCUCCUCUACGCCUCCGGCCCCGCCGUCUCCGGCAACCAACUCUACCACACCGCCUCCCUCCUCAUGCUCAAACACCGGCCCUCCCACCUCCCCCUCCACGCCAUCAAACCCCGGCCCCCACACUCCAUCCUCUGGCACGCCCGCCAGAUCUGCGCCAUCUCCAUCUCCAACACCCACCACGGCUGCUGGACGAACAGUAUCCAGCCCCUGUGGGUCGCGGGCCAGCAUAUGAGCCACCCCAGCGAGCAUGAGGCGAUCUUGAGGAUUCUCGAGAGGAUUGAGCGGGAGACCGGGUGGGCGACCAAGUGGCGCGCGGAGGAUUUGAGGGAGUAUUGGGGGGUGUUGGAUGAUUGA